UUAAACCAAAGCCAAAGCGGUGUGGCGGUUCCGGAAGCGGCGGCGGACAAUGGUGGAAGUGAAGGAGGGGAGAAAUGCGUAUUCGAAUGUAUCUGGAUAUCGGGAAGUCAGUGCAAGAAACCAAUUCCCGUCCAACAUCUUGCAAGGGGCGUUAGCUAAUUCUAUUUGGAUUGGAGCGAUUCAUUUCAACAUCUUCCUCUUCCUUUUCUCCAUCCUCUUCCUUCCUUUCGCCAAAUUCCUCGUGGUGAUUGGAUUGCUUUUGGUUUUCGUGGUACUUCCUAUUGAUCAGAACAGUAAAUAUGGGCGGAGAUUGGCCAGGUAUAUAUGUAGGCAUAUGGCCGCUUAUUUUCCCACAACUCUCCACGUUGAGGACAUUAACGACUUCCAUCCUGAUCGUGCUUACGUUUUCGGUUACGAGCCGCAUUCGGUGUUCCCCAUUGGUGUUGUCACGCUGUGUGAACGUACAGGUUUCAUGCCUCUUCCCAAAAUGAAAUGCCUCGCAACCAGUGCUGUAUUCUACACCCAAUUCUUGAGACAUAUAUGGACAUGGUUGGGUGCGGCACCAGCCACAAGGAACAACUUUUGUUCUCUUUUGAAGGCUGGUUAUAGUUGUAUUGUAAUUCCAGGUGGAGUACAAGAGACCUUCCUCAUGCAGCAUGAUUCCGAGGUCGCCUUCCUUAAGACGCGAAAAGGAUUUGUUCGAGUAGCCAUGGAAACAGGGUGUCCACUGGUUCCAGUUUUUGCCUUCGGUCAGUCAUAUUCCUACAAGUGGUGGAAACCAAGUGGGAAGUUCUUCUUGCAACUUGCCAGGGCUAUCAAAUUCCUUCCCAUGUUAUUUUGGGGAGUUUUUGGAACUCCUUUACCCUAUCAACAUCCAAUGCAUGUGGUGGUGGGUAAACCUAUUGAGUUGAAGAAAAAUCGUCAACCUACUGCCGAACAGGUUCUUGAAGUACAAGGUCAAUUUAUUAGAUCCCUCGAAGAACUUUUCGAGAGACGCAAAGCUCGGGUUGGAUAUACUGAUCUUCCACUAAAGAUUCUUUGAUUUAAACUU